ACGAAUUUGGCAAAUUCUGGACGGCUGGCUCGUCUAGAAAUUAUUUUCGACUUAAAUGUUGAGCUGACAGGAGAGAGUUCCCGAUCGAUCAGAUAUCUUCCUCCAGCUGCACUCCGAAUUAUCGUCUCUGUUUUUGGUGUUUGUUGCCCGAGGCCGCAAUGGCGCCCAAUCACCAAAUCACACUCGGCCCUGAAAUCAUAGAGACGACAGACGAAGCUGUCCCUCAGGUUGAACCGAUCAAAGGUAUCCCCGAGACGACGACCCACGUGCCCAAUCGGCCAAAGAAAGAGGAAGCGCUCAAGGAAGAGCCCCAAGAACCAGAUUUGCCCAUCAAGUGGGGCAACGUGAUCGCCAUCUUCAUUUUCCAUUUCAUCGCAGCUUAUGGAUUUUACGUCUGCUGCAAGGAAGGAUCUUGGAAGACAAUCCUAUGGAUGUACAUCAUGGGUCAAUUAGGAGGCAUCGGCGUCACCGGCGGCGUGCACAGGCUGUGGACCCAUCGCGCCUACAAGGCUAAGCUGCCCCUCAGGAUAAUCCUAGCCCUACUUUUUUCGCUCUCAGGACAGAACUCGAUAUUUGACUGGGUGCGCGACCACCGUGUGCACCAUAAAUUUAGCGAAACUGACGCUGAUCCGCACAACGCGAAUCGAGGCUUCUUUUUCGCCCACGUAGGCUGGUUGAUGCAGAAGAAGCAUCCGCUGGUCAUUGAACACGGACGCAAAGUGGACAUGAGCGAUGUCCUCGCCGAUCCCGUCGUCAAGUUCCACCUGGACCACUUCUGGAAGUUGAAGAUUCUCAUGUGCUUUCUCAUACCCAUGUUGACGCCCGCACUUGUCUGGGGUGAACCCUGGCGAAUUGCUUUCUACUGCAUGAUGGCCAGAUACAUGUUUGGCCUCAACUUCACUUGGCUCGUCAAUAGCGCUGCUCACAUUUGGGGAAAUAAACCUUACGAUCGCUUCAUUCAGCCUACUGAAAACUACGUGGUAGCGUUUCUUGCCCUUGGAGAGGGCUGGCACAACUACCACCACGUGUUCCCUUGGGACUAUAAAACCUCAGAGCACGGCACCUACUCGUUCAACUGGACGACCGCUUUCAUCGACUUUUUUGCUAUGAUCGGCUGGGCCUACGACCUGAAGACUGUCACCCCGUCCAUCAUCGAACGCCGCGCCAAAAGGACGGGCGACGGCACCCGCCAGUGCGGCUCGGUCGGUGGUCACCACAUCCACGAGGAAGAAGAACCGGAGCCGGAUGACUUUUGCUUACCGCGCGACAUGAAAGAGGAUUAAGGGCCCUCGAUCGGGAUGAAGCAAGAUUAAGAAAACUCCGCAAAUCGAGUGCCAAUGAAAAAAGAAGCACCGCUAUAUUAUUUUAACAGCAGUAAUUACAAAUGUGUACAUAGUCAGGAUAACUUGUGGUAUGUUUGAGCGUGAAAGCGAUCGUGAAUGUAUCUCUUGGCCAAAUGAUGACAAUGCAGUGCUAAUAAAUGACAGUGAGCUUCUUAGUUUGUAAUAAUAUUUGUGAUCCGAAAAGUUGCUCACAAACCACUGAAGUCUCGCUGAUUCAUGCGAUUAUUAUUUUUGGGAUGUUAGUUUAUCUAGUAAGCGGGAGUCUCCCAUUAUCCUGAAUUCCUUUUAUAUUUUUAUAAGUCGUGGUAUUAUGAUAUAGAUCAAUAAAUAUGACCGAGGUACAAUUGCUUCAUAAAAA